CCGCAGGCGCUGGGGCUGAGCCCGAGCUGGCGGCUGACGGGCUUCUCCGGCCUCAAGGGCUGAGGCUGCAAGGUCCCCCAGGAGACGCUGCUCAAACUCCUGGCGGGACUGACGCGGCCGGACGAGCGGCCCCCGCCGGGCCGGGGCCUGGCCGGAGGCCAUGAGGAGGUGGCCCAGGAGGCCGGCCUGCAGGUCCUGGCGGAGCCCAGCCCCAGCUGGCCGGCCCUGGGCAUCGGGAUGGACUCCUGCGUGAUCCCCCUGAGGCACGGAGGCCUGUCGCUGGUGCAGACCACGGACUUCUUCUACCCGCUGGUGGACGACCCCUACAUGAUGGGGCGCAUCGCCUGCGCCAACGUGCUGAGCGACCUGUACGCCAUGGGCAUCACCGAGUGCGACAACAUGCUCAUGCUGCUGAGCGUGAGCCAGAGCAUGACGGAGGAGGAGCGGGAGAAGGUCACCCCGCUCCUGGUCAGGGGCUUUCGGGAUGCUGCCGAGGAAGGCGGGACGGCGGUGACUGGCGGACAGACUGUGGUAAACCCUUGGGUCAUCGUGGGUGGGGUGGCCACGGUGGUGUGUCAGCCCAACGAGUUCAUCAUGCCCGACAGUGCCGUGGUCGGGGACGUGCUGGUGUUAACCAAACCCUUAGGGACCCAGGUGGCCGUCAAUGCCCACCAGUGGCUGGAUAACCCUGAAAGGUGGAAUAAGAUCAAGAUGGUGGUCUCCAGAGAAGAGGUGGAGCUGGCCUAUCAGGAAGCCAUGUUCAAUAUGGCCACCCUGAACAGAACUGCCGCAGGGUUGAUGCACACAUUUAAUGCCCAUGCAGCCACGGAUAUCACAGGCUUUGGCAUUCUGGGGCACGCUCAGAAUCUUGCCAAACAACAAAGAAACGAGGUGUCCUUUGUCAUCCACAACCUGCCCAUCAUUGCCAAGAUGGCCGCCAUCAGCAAGGCCAGUGGGCGCUUUGGGCUCCUUCAGGGAACCUCGGCAGAAACUUCUGGG